AUGGGCACUGUCACUGUGACCUUGGUGGCCACUGCCGUGGUCGUGGUGGCCACUGGCAUUGUCAUGGUGGCCUUGGCCAUGGCCGUGGUCAUGGUGGCCAUCAACACAGUCAUGGUGGCCAUCAACACGGUCGUGGUGGCCAUUGACAUGGUCAUGGUGGUCAUGGUGGCCACUGUCAUGGUCACGGUGGCCACUGGCAUCAUCAUGAUGACCUUGGUGGCCACUGCCGUGGUCGUGGUGGCCGUUGGCAUCGUCAUGGUGGCCUUGGCCAUGGGCGUGGUUGUGGUGGCCAUCGACACGGUCAUGGUGGCCAUUGACAUGGUCAUGGUGGCCGUUGGCAUGGUCAUGGUGGCCUUGGCCAUGGCCGUGGUCAUGGUGGCCACUGACAUGCUCCUGGUGGCCACUGACAUGCUCCUGGUGGCCACUGUCACGCUGGCCUUGGCCAUGGUCAUGCUGGCCCUGGGUGGGGGGUGGCCAAUGGGGUGGCCACGGUGGCCACGGCCAAGGUCAUGGUCAAGGUCACGGUCGAGGUCACGGCCGAGGUCAUGGUCAAGGUCAUGGUCGAGGUCAUGGUCGAGGUCACGGCCGAGGUCAUGGUCGAGGUCAUGGUCGAGGUCACGGCCGAGGUCACAGUCGAGGUCAUGGUCGAGGUCAUGGCCUCGGUCCCGGUGGCCUCGGUCCCUGUCCCGGUGCCAACGGUGACGUUUUGGGCCCCAAACCCGCGGAUUUGGGGGUUCCCAGUUUUUGGGGGCCCCUCCCAUGA